CACACACCACCACCACGGCUAUGCUUCUUCCCCUGACGGACACAAGGUGGGUCCGGAGAGGAGAUUUCUCGAUCCCGUACGGAGUGCGCAGGCGGCGGAGGGAGAAGGCAAGGACGGUCGCUUUAGGGCCGUCAUCGUGCGGCGGUGCUUGGGCUGUUGGCAGCGGCGGCAUAAGAGACGGGGGAGGUGCUAAUGUCCGUCAAGGCGUGCUUCGGCAACGUCGCCAACGCGCUCGUCGACUGGGACGGCGGCCGCGACCACUGCCCCUGGCGGGGGUCGUCGCCUGCGACACCAACUCCUUCGCCUGGAGGAAGCUCAAAGGAAGCAAGACUUCAACAAAAAUCUCUGAAUGCAUUCCAAGCUUCUGUACGGCGUACGUCGUUUCGAAGGGCAAACUGUCAUUCGUGCACUCUUACACCUGAUGCCUGUGAAACACCCAAGACCAUAUCUUCUUCAACCGUUUCUUCUCCUAGCUCUGGAAGCCUUUCCAGUGCGCCCUCAGCAGAGUGGGCUGACAGAAAUGGAACAUCAACUGCAUUAUUCCGUCAGUCAUCUCUGCCAUCGCAAUGUGAUCACACACUCGUAAAUAUAAAUAGGUCAAUCCUGAAGCUAGCCCUUUAGGCAGUGCUGGCAGCGACAUC